CGCAGGAGUUGAUUGGUCACUUGCAGAACUUGCCUCCCAAUGUUGGAAAACGGAUGCAGGACAUUCCCUUAGAGACACUAGAGCCCGCCUCCGCUCCCUAGCGUGGGAGGAGGGCCUUAAAGGGCCAGGUCCUUGACCUCUCUCCGCCUCUCAGGGCCCUGAAGAAAUUCAGGCGAAGGUGCUAGAAGAAACUCGGGAGAUCUCUGCAAAGAUGGAACAGCAGGAGGAAGGGACUGGGCCCGAAGGGAACAACCCGUCCCUGCCAUCACCUGGGCCUGAGCCGUGGCCCUCUGGGCCAUUCCCAGCCUUGCCGCCUUUUCCCCUGGGGACCCCAGAUCCAGCCCACCUGGGGCUCCCUGAGAGCUUGGCCUCUGUCACCGUCCCCAUCCGUCUGGACGCCCUCUCCUACCUCCUGCACAGUGCCCUGCUGGGGGCCUACACCUUUCAACAGUCCUUGCCCUCCUGCCCCUGCAGCUCACAGGCAUGCUGCCCCCAGCCAGGCACCGCCACGAGGCCAUCCAGGGGACGUGGGGGCUGGGACGUCCGACGCAGGCCAGGCCGGGGCCAAGGCCAGCCGCGAUGGGGACCCAGAAGGGUGGAACAGCCGGAGAAGGGCUGGCGGGGGGGGUCUGGGGCUGGCCCCAAGACUCCCCCGGUGAUGCCAGCCUCACCACCAAGGCUGCCUGCCCAGGAUGGGAAGACGGAAGCCGGAGGUCGGGAGACACCCCAGGACAUGCCAACUGCUGCAGCAGAAAACUGGGACUCAGAAUACUAGGACCCUGAGGGUCCAGCUCCCCAAACUCCUGAGAGGGCCCCUCAGGGUCACCAGGAGGGUUUUCCUGGAGCCCCAGGGUGACCUCAGCUAUGGCGGAGAUGCCCCAAGAAACAUCGUGCUCCCAUCUCUUUUCCCCCUAAACCAUAGCCUCCUGCCAGUCACCCCAUGAAACAUGGACCCGACCUAGGAUCCCACACCAGAGAAAACCCUGAGCCUCACCCCCGUGCCCCAAGCCAUCCCCAACUCCCCACCCCCCAUUCCAACCCCAUCUACAGUGACAACCUCAGUCCCUCCCAUCCCCACCUUCCCCUGCAAGCCCUUUCCGGUCCCCGCUCUCAAUACCACCUUCCCAAUCCCACUCAUUGCCAUUUCUGUCCCCAUCUGCACCCUUGCUCCCAGCUUCUCUACCCACCUCAGGCCCAACCCAACCCUCAACUGUGUCCUACACUUGAGCCCUAGUCCAGUCCACCUUCGACCCCAGCCAGCCCCAUCCCGUCCUGUUUCCCAGCCCCAACCCCGUGACAUGCCCUGUGACCCACCGGCAGAGAACCCCAUUGGCCCAACAGACCUGCAACCUCCCACCCCUUUUCCUGCCCUUCGGUGCGGGGAGCCUGGUUGAAAAAUAAAUGGAAGACUUGCCCCAUA